AUGCGGCUCUCACUGGCGCCUCUUCUUCUUCUGGCACUGUUUAUUCAUCAAUCAGUUGCCGAUAAUGAUAUAGGGAAAGAUGUAGACACUGUGGAUGUGAAGAUGGAUGAUGCAGCCGUAGUGGAGACCAUUGGAGAGGAGGCGAAAUCAGAGAAGAAGAAAAUCUCCUCCCAAGACAUCUCAUUCUAUCACGGAUUCCUUGCCUCGUUCUCAGUGAUUGUUGUGUCUGAACUCGGUGAUAAGACCUGGUUUAUCGCUGUGAUUAUGUCAAUGCGGCACUCUCGUCUUACUGUAUUCUCCGGUGCCAUGGGUGCGUUGGCACUGAUGACAGUGUUAUCAGCGUGUCUAGGAUGGGUAACCCAAGUAAUCCCCCGUGCCGUCACCUACUACCUCUCCACGGCUCUUUUCGCCCUAUUCGGUCUCAAAAUGCUCCAUGAAGGAUGGACAAUGUCCCCCAACGAAGGGCAGGAGGGAUUCGAAGAGGCGCAAGCAGAAGUGGCAAAACGAGAAGGAGAACUAGACGCUAGCAAAUUCGAAAUGCUCGAAGGAGGAGGUGUAGCCCCUCAAUCGGAAACCAAAAAGAUCUUCCUAUUCACUUCUCGAAUUUUCAUCGAAGCCUUCACCCUUACGUUUGUCGCCGAGUGGGGAGAUCGAUCUCAGUUAACUACGAUUAUUCUUGGAGCUAGAGAGAAUAUCGCCGGUGUGAUUGGCGGAGGAGUACUUGGACACGCGCUAUGCACUGGUAUUGCAGUGAUUGGAGGAAAGAUUGUCGCCCAGAGAAUAUCAGUAAGAACUGUAACCCUGAUCGGAGGAGUCGUCUUCCUGCUCUUCGCCCUCUCCGCCCUCUUCAUCAACGACAUUGAAUCGGCCGUUGACUCGUAA